AUGGCCAAUCUUCUCGCUGUCCUCCUCUCCGCCUGCACAGCCCUCCUGGCUCUCGCCGCGCCAUUGCUCGCUGGCGACCCUGAAAUGCUCCAGGACUUCUGCGUCGCCGAAUACAAGUCCCUCGAAGGCCCACUGCGUGUGAACGGUUUCCCGUGCAAGAGGCCGGAGAAUGUGAUGGCGAACGACUUCUUCUCCGACGUGUUAUCCCUCCCAGGCAACACCGGCAAUCCGGUCGGUUCUGCGGUGACGGCGGUGAACGUGGACAAGCUCCCAGGACUCAACACCCUAGGCAUGUCCAUUUCUCGCGUUGACUACGCGCCUUGGGGCGUGAACCCGCCACACACUCACCCUCGAGCCACCGAGAUCAUCUUCAUGGUCGAGGGCUCCCUCACUGUGGGCUUCGUCACCACCGCCGGCAAUCUCUUCACCCGGACUGUCUGCAAGGGCGAGCUCUUCGUCUUCCCUCACGGCCUCGUCCACUUCCAGCGGAACAACGGCGGCACACCAGCCAUGGCGAUCUCGGCGUUCAACAGCCAGCUUCCUGGUAUUCAGUCCGUCGCCGUGUCACUGUCAAGGGUGUCGCCGUCGAUGCCCACCGAUGUGCUGGCCAGGGCGUUCCAGAUCAACGCCGGCAUGGUGGAGGCCGUCAAUUCCAACUCCGCGCCUAUGUACUAG